AUGGGAUUAUUUUCAAAAUCUAAAUCUAAAUCACCUCAGCCAAGCUUUCAAAGUGGUCCGCCUGCUUACAGUGCAACACCAUCCAGCAAUUAUGCUCCUCCUUCUCCUCCCCGAGAACCUGUGAAUUCAGAUACUCGGCCUUUACCCAAUGGCUGGAUUUCCCAAUACGAUCCCAAUUCUCGCAAGUUCUUUUACGUUUACACCCCUACUGCAUUGCGUCAAUGGGAGCAUCCCGCUGACAAACCCCUGGGACAUAGUACUAGUAAUCGUGGUGAAAAUGCUUCUUAUGCUACUCCAUCGCAGCAGCAGCAGCAACAGCCCUAUUACAAUCAACAGCCACAACAACAAAGAUUUUACCCUCAACAGCCCCAAUAUGUCCAGCAACCACAGUAUGUCCAGCAGCCACAAUACGUGCAACAGCCUCAAUACGGUAGAGCAAAUGGCGGUGGGAUGGGAUUCGGUAAAAUGGCAGCAGCUGGUGUAGGAGGGGGUUUGUUGGGCUACAUGAUUGGUGAUGCAAUGUUUGACGAUCAUCCAGAUACCAUUAUCGAGAACAACUAUUACGGAGACGAUGCCGGUGGAUUCGAUGGUGGAGGCUUUGAUGGUGGAGGCUUUGAUGGUGGAUUUGACGAUUUCUAA